AUGGAGAGCAAGGCGCUGCUGGCCAUCGCUCUGUGGCUCUGCGUGCAGACCCGGGCGGCCUCUGUGGGUUUGCCUAGUGUUUCUCUUGCUCCACCCAAGCUCAGCAUAGAAAAAGACAUACUUACAAUUAUGGCCAAUACAACUCUUCAGAUUAAUUGCAGGGGACAGCAGGACUUGGAUUGGCUUUGGCCCAACAAUCAGAGUGGCACUGAGGACAGGGUGGAGAUAACAGAAUGCAGUGAUGGCCUCUUCUGUAAGACACUUAAAAUCCCCAGAGUGAUCGGAAAUGAUACUGGAGCCUACAAGUGCUUCUACCGGGAAGCUGACUUGGCUUCCGUCAUCUAUGUCUAUGUUCAAGAUUACAGAUCUCCAUUUAUUGCAUCUGUUAGUGACCAGCAUGGGAUUGUGUACAUUACUGAAAACAAAAACAGAACUGUGGUGAUUCCGUGUCUUGGGUCCGUUUCAAACCUCAAUGUGUCCCUCUGUGCGAGGUAUCCAGAAAAGAGGUUUGUUCCUGAUGGUAACAGGAUUUCCUGGGACAGCAAGAAGGGCUUUACGCUUCCCAGCUACAUGAUCAGCUAUGCAGGCAUGGUCUUCUGUGAAGCCAAGAUUAAUGAUGAAAGUUACCAGUCUAUCAUGUACAUCAUUGUGACUGUAGGGUAUAGGAUUUAUGAUGUAGUUCUGAGCCCCCCUCAUAAAGUUGAGCUGUCUGUUGGAGAGAAGCUUGUUUUAAAUUGCACAGCAAGAACUGAACUGAAUGUGGCAAUUGAAUUCAACUGGGACUACCCUUCUUUGAAGCACAAGAAACCUGUAAUCCGAGACCUGAACACCCAGAUUGGGACUGAGAUGAAGAAAUUUUUGAGCAUCUUGACUAUAGAUCGUGUGACACGUGGUGAUCAAGGCUGGUACUCCUGUUCGGCUUCAAGCGGGCUGAUGACCAAGAAUAACAUGACAUUUGUCAGAGUCCAUGAAAAACCUUUUGUCGCUUUUGACAGUGGCAUGGAGUCUUUGGUGGAAGCUUCGGUUGGGGAGUACGUCAGGAUCCCGGUGAAGUGCCUUGGAUACCCAGCUCCUGAAAUAAAAUGGUAUAAAAACGGAAGACUCAUUGAGUCCAAUCACACAGUUAAAGUGGGGCAUGCACUGACAAUCAUGGAAGUGAGUGAAAAAGACGCAGGAAAUUACACCGUCAUCCUGACCAACCCCAUUUCAAAGGACAAGCAGAGCCACAUGGUGUCCCUGGCCGUGAAUGUCCCACCCCAGAUUGGUGAGAAGUCUCUGAUCUCUCCUGUGGAUUCUUACCAGUAUGGCAGCACCCAGACGCUGACCUGCACGGUCUAUGCUGUCCCUCCUGCGUACCACAUCCGCUGGUACUGGCAGCUGGAGGAGGAGUGCCCCGCCGUGUCCAGCCAAGCUGUCUCAAUGAUAAACCCAUAUGCUUGUAAGGAGUGGAGGAGAGUGGAGGACUUCCAGGGGGGAAAUAAAAUGGAAGUCAGCAAAAAUCAAUAUGCCCUAGUCGAAGGGAAAAACAAAACUGUAAGUACUCUGAUUGUCCAAGCGGCAAAUGUGUCAGCUUUGUACAAAUGUGAGGCCGUCAACAAAGUCGGGAGAGGAGAGAGGGUCAUCCCCUUCCACGUGACCAGGGGUCCUGAAAUUACUUUGCAGCCUGGCACCCAGCCAUCUGAGCAGGAGAGUGUGUCUUUGUGGUGCAGUGCAGACAGAACUAUGUUUGAGAACCUGACAUGGUACAGGGUUGGCUCACCAGCUCUGCCGAUCCACGUCGGAGACUUGCCCACGCCUCUUUGCAAGAACCUGGAUACUCUUCAGAAAUUGAAUGCCACGAUGUUCUCUAAUAGCACAAAUGACAUUUUGAUCAUGGAACUCCAGAAUGCAUCCUUGCAGGACCAAGGAGACUACGUCUGCUUUGCUCAAGACAGGAAGACCAAGAAAAGACAUUGUGUGGUCAAGCAGCUCACAGUUCUAGAGCGUAUGACACCCAUGAUCACAGGAAACCUGGACAAUCAGACGACAAAUAUUGGUGAAACCAUUGAGGUUUCAUGCAUAACGUCUGGGAAUCCCCCUCCACAGAUUACCUGGUUUAAAGAUAAUGAAACCCUCGUAGAAGACUCAGGCAUUGUCCUGAAAGACGGGAACCGGAACCUUACUAUCCGCAGAGUGAGGAAGGAGGAUGAGGGCCUCUACACCUGCCAGGCCUGCAAUGUUCUGGGCUGUGCAAAAGUGGAAGCCUUUUUCAUAAUAGAAGGUGCCCAGGAGAAGACAAACUUGGAGGUCAUCAUCCUGGUCGGCACUGCGGUGAUCGCCAUGUUCUUCUGGCUACUUCUUGUCAUCAUCCUACGGACCGUUAAGCGGGCCAGCGGAGGGGAGCUGAAGACGGGCUACUUGUCCAUCGUCAUGGACCCAGAUGAACUGCCCCUGGACGAGCAUUGUGAACGCCUGCCUUACGAUGCCAACAAAUGGGAAUUUCCCAGAGACAGGCUGAAACUGGGCAAGCCUCUUGGACGUGGUGCCUUUGGCCAGGUGAUUGAAGCAGAUGCCUUUGGAAUUGAUAAGACAGCAACUUGCAGGACCGUGGCCGUCAAAAUGUUGAAAGAAGGAGCAACACACAGUGAGCACCGAGCCCUCAUGUCUGAGCUCAAGAUCCUGAUUCACAUCGGCCACCAUCUCAACGUGGUCAACCUCCUCGGGGCCUGCACCAAGCCGGGAGGGCCCCUCAUGGUCAUUGUGGAAUUCUGCAAGUUUGGAAACCUAUCAACUUACUUAAGGAGCAAGAGAAAUGAAUUUGUCCCCUACAAGUCCAAAGGGGCCCGGUUCCGUCAGGGGAAAGACUACGUGGGGGAAACCCCUGUGGAUCUGAAACGCCGCCUGGACAGCAUCACCAGCAGCCAGAGCUCCGCCAGCUCCGGGUUUGUGGAGGAGAAGUCCCUCAGUGACGUGGAGGAAGAGGAAGCUCCUGAAGAUCUGUACAAGGACUUCCUGACCUUGGAGCAUCUCAUCUGUUACAGCUUCCAAGUGGCGAAAGGCAUGGAGUUCUUGGCUUCACGAAAGUGUAUCCACAGGGACCUGGCAGCACGGAAUAUACUCUUGUCAGAGAAGAACGUGGUUAAAAUUUGCGACUUUGGCCUGGCCCGGGAUAUUUAUAAAGACCCAGAUUAUGUCAGAAAAGGAGAUGCUCGCCUCCCUUUGAAAUGGAUGGCCCCGGAAACAAUCUUUGACAGAGUCUACACCAUUCAGAGUGAUGUGUGGUCUUUUGGUGUUUUGCUCUGGGAAAUCUUUUCCUUGGGUGCUUCUCCGUAUCCCGGCGUAAAGAUCGAUGAGGAAUUUUGUAGGCGAUUGAAAGAAGGAACUAGAAUGAGGGCCCCUGACUAUACCACGCCAGAAAUGUACCAGACUAUGCUUGACUGCUGGCAUGGGGACCCUAAUCAGAGACCCACAUUUUCAGAGUUGGUGGAACAUCUGGGAAAUCUGCUUCAAGCUAAUGCUCAGCAGGAUGGCAAAGACUACAUUGUUCUCCCGAUAUCAGAGACUCUGAGCAUGGAAGAGGAUUCUGGGCUCUCUCUGCCUACCUCACCUGUUUCCUGUAUGGAGGAGGAGGAAGUGUGUGACCCCAAAUUCCAUUAUGACAACACAGCAGGAAUCAGUCAGUAUCUGCAGAACAGUAAGCGAAAGAGCCGGCCUGUGAGUGUAAAAACAUUUGAAGAUAUCCCACUGGAAGAACCAGAAGUAAAAGUAAUCCCAGAUGACAACCAGACGGAUAGUGGGAUGGUUCUUGCCUCAGAAGAACUGAAAACUUUGGAAGACAGAACAAAAUUAGCACCACCUUUUAGUGGAAUGGUGCCCAGCAAAAGCAGGGAAUCUGUGGCAUCUGAAGGCUCAAACCAGACGAGUGGCUACCAGUCCGGGUAUCACUCUGACGACACGGACACCACCGUGUACUCCAGUGAGGAGGCAGAACUUUUAAAGCUGGUGGAGCUUGGAGCGCAGGCCGGCGUGGCCCACAUCCUCCAGCCUGAUGCGGGAGGACCCUGAGCUCACCUCCUGCUUAGAGGAGGUGCCCUGCCCCCACUCUAGAUGUCACAUGAGAGGUGCUGCUCAGAUUUUCAAGUGUUGUUCUUUUGGCCACCAGGAAGUAGCCACAUUUGAUUUUAAUUUCAAAAAGAAAAGAAAAGGACCUUGGACUGCAGGGAGCUUAGUCCUCUGUGCAUUUCCUGAGAAGAUGCUUGUGACCCAAGAAUGUGUUUGUACCUUCUCCCUGUGUCCACCCAAUGUUUCUCUUUUUCAUUCAUUUAAAAAGCAUUUAUAAUAAAUACCCCUGCUGCGGGUCUCAACGUGGGUUUCCAACAUAGAUGGUCAGGAAAUGGCUCCAUCUUCCAAGAAGUAGCAGGGCCUGGGGA